AUGAGAACGGCUAUUCCAUAAUUGCAACCAGUACAAUUCCUCUUUAAUUUCAUUCUUAUCACCAUUACCACUGUUUGUACCUUAGUAGGACCAGUUUCUCGGUAGGGUUUAGAGGAGAUUUUCCCUCCCAUGGCAAGACAGUUCUCUUAGAGGAAUUUUUUUUCGCUUUAUUUUCAGUCAUCCGUGUUUGUUUUCCUCUUCUUUAUAAUGGAAAACAUAAUCUCAGGCUUGAAAAUUUCGGAGUGGAAGCAGCACAGUCUCUGCAAGGCCUACGAUGAGAUUCAGUCUCAAGCUUCUUCUAUCGUCAUGUUCUGUCUUCAAUGGAAGGACUUAGACACCCAACUCACGUCGACUAGGAAAUUGGUUGAAACCGAACUAGAACAACUCAUGAAGCGGGAGAAGGGUGUGACUUCAAGAGAGAAGGAAUUGGAGGCCAGAGGGUUUCAGUUGAACUCAAGCUUUGCGUUGAAAGAAGCCCAAUUGGCUGAAAUUCAAAGAUUGAUCGAAGAAGGUUCGAAACUGAUUGAAGAGAAUCGCGAAGAGCUUAAUGUUAAACAGAGGCAAUAUGCUGCGAUUCAGACGUCUAUUGCGAUGAAUGAGAGGGAGUUUGAUCAAGUACGGAGUCUUAUUAAAGAGGGAGAGGAGAAGUUGGAUUCUGUAAAAAAUUGUAUCGAAAAGGAAAAGAAGAAAUUGGAGGCCAUAGGGUCUCUUGCGUCGAAAGAAACCCAAUUGGCUGAAAUUGAAAAUUUGAUUGAAGAACAAUCUAAGGUGAUUGAAUCGCAUUUGCAACAUGUCGAUUCGCUCAAGUCUUUGAUUGAAGAGAAUCGCGAAGAGCUUGAUGUUAAGGAGAAGCAAUAUGCUGCGAUUCAGAUAUCCAUUGCGGACAAAGAGAUGGAGCUUGAUCAUUUACAGGGUUGUAUUGAAGAUGGAGAGGAGACGUUUGCUAGUAUAAGUAACCGUAUCAAAAAAGGAGAGGAGAAAUUGGAGGGUUUAGAGGAAAUAAUAAGAGAAAAAUCUGAAGAAGUUGAGUCUAACAAGAAGGAAAUCUACUUGAUUCGAAAGACUCUGAGGGGUUACAAAGAUGAUAUUGCUUUGAAUGAUAGGAAAUUUAAUGCCAUUAGAAGAUCUCUCGAGGAACAUAAGAAGAAUAUUGCGGUAAGAGAAGAGCAACUUAAAACUUGUUUAAGUUCCAUUGAAGAUUGUGAUAAAAUGAUCAAAGUGAAGGAGGAAAAGCUCAAUUCAAUUCAAAACUCGAUAGGGGAAUGCUCAACCGAACUCGAGUUGAAAGAGAAAAGGCUUGGUUUUCUUACAAAAGAUGUUGAGUUGAAAGAGAAUAGGCUUGAUUUGCUUACAAAAGAUGUUGAGUUGAAAGAGAAAAGGCUUGCUUUGCUUACAAAAGAUGUUGAGUUGAAAGAGAAAAGGCUUGAUUUGCUUACAAAGGAUGUUGAGUUGAAAGAGAUGAAUAUUGAUCGGCUGAAAAGAAUACUCGACGAGAGUGCUGAAAAGUAUGUGAUGAAGGAGAGAGAUUUUAAAACUUUUUCAGAGAAGCUUGAGUUGAGAGUAAGGUUUUGCGAAUCGAAAUUUGGGGAAGUUAGUGCACUUGAAAAGAAGGUGUAUGCUUGCCUCAAAGAAGUUGAAUUCAAAGAAGAAAAGCUCGGGGCGCUCCAAAAAUUUGUUGAUGAGCAUUCCCUAGAGUUGAGGAAGAUAGAGAUGGAGCUAGAGAAAAGAGUCAUAGAGUUCGAAUUAAGGGAAAGAGAAUUUGAAUCGACGAAAGAAUUAACUGAACUGAGAGCACAAGAAAAAACUUAUAUCUUUCCUUCCCAAGUUACGAGUAAGCCAUCUGAAAACACCCACAUCAACAAUGCAAUUCCUCUAACUGCAAAUAAUGAAUUCUCCAUCCCAAAGUCAGGAGAAGAUUUGCAGCUGUUUUUGAAUCGACAUUUGAAACGGCAUGAUUUGCUAUGCAAUGAAAUUUCUACUGCUCUUCAAGCUUCGUUGGAUCCUGCAAAGUGGGUCUUAGAUGCAAUGAAUGGUUUUUACCCUUCAAACUCGAGUGGGGAAGGUACAGAGAUGUUCGAUGUUCAUAUUGUUAGGAGAAGCUGCAUUCUUUUGUUGGAACAGUUUAUGGAAGCUUCACCACAGAUUGGCCCUAAAGUGAGAGAAGAAGCACUGAAGUUGGCAAGAGAUUGGAAGGAUAAGAUGAUACUGGCAAAUGAGAAUUUUUUGGAAGUGUUGGGAUUUUUGCAGCUUUUAGCUAGCUAUAGAUUGGCAUUUGCCUUUGAUCAGAAUGAGAUUCGCCCUCUUUUUGAUAUUGUUGAUAAGCACAGACAGGCAUCUGAAUUAAGUCGAUCGCUUUCCCCUCCUCAUUACGCACCUGUGAAAAUCGAGCUGGCAGAAGAUUCUUUAGCCAAUAAUGUGACUUCAAAUAUUCAGUUAAUGGAGCAAGCAGAAAAUUCUUUGGCCAAUGUUGUGACUUCAAAUCUUCAGUCAAUCAAGCAAGUAGAAACAUCAUCAGCCAAUUUUGUGACUUCAAAUCUUCAGUCAAUCAAGCAAGUAGAAACUUCAUCAGCCAAUUUUGUGACUUCAAAUCUUCAGUUAAGUUCUUUGCAAAAUAACAUUCCAGCACCUCUUCCAACGUCACCUGAUUCAGCAAAAAUUGUCUUGGAUAAAAACUUUAUCCAAGGGUCUAUUUCUGAACAUGGGAAAGGAGGAGAUCUAGGUUUUAAGGCAAAAAGAACUUCUUUUAAUGAUUUUAGAAAGAAGAAGAGGAAGCUUGAAGACAACCAAAAUGGUUCUACACAAGACAAGCGGGCCAAGGGAUGGCAGCAUAAUAAUAAUAAGGGACAGCGGUUCCAAAAACCUUCAUGCAUAUACUGCAAGAAACGUCAUCAUGGUGAAUGUCGUGCGCACAUUAGGGCAUGCUUCAAUUGCAAUCAGGAGGGACAUAUGAAGAGAGACUGUCCGCUGUUGAAGUCUGAACCCAACGGAGACUGGCCAUUCUUUAAUUGCAAUCAGGAGGGGCAUAUGAUGAGAGACUGUCCACAGUUGUAGUCUUAACCCAGGAGAGACUGACCAAAGAAGAAUCAUGCAUUUGUUCUGGGUUGAGUGUCCUCUUACCCGAGACUGAGGCUAGCCCAUUUGUUGACUCAGGGCUUCGAUGACCUCGAUGUUGUAGUGAAAGCCAAGCUUUGUUUGGAAUGGUUCUUGGUUUGCACCUUCACUCUCUUCAACCCACGAUCUACUCUAUUGCAUCGUUGGACCUUUCCAAGAUAUCUCUUCUCAUAGCCCCCAAGCCUCCAAUCCUGAUUCUGCCACCUUGUCUUGGACUUUGAAGCAAGAUUGGCUGCUCAAGCAUCGCACUAAGAUUCCUGCCAUCGUUGCUACUCUCUUCUCCUUUGAUUGCGUCUCUAGCGAUCCUGCUCAAUGGCGUCAACUUUGCUCCGAUCUUGAUAAUCUCAUGGGAAGGCUCUUGUUGCUCUGGCGAUUGAAGACAUGAAAAGGCAGUAUGUCGUGGCUAAGAAGUAUCUUGAAGAUGUAUUGCAGUCAGUCAGCUCUUGCACCAUCAUAGUUAAUACAUAUAUGUUGUGAUGAAGAAUGUGAGAAUCUGCUCUCAUCUGUUUAAAAACUGUAAAUAUGGUGCGUGCCCUUUGGUUCUCCGAGCCUUUUGAGCCUUUUCCGGCAAGGAUUGAUAUUUGAUGACCAUCAUAGAAUCGUUUUGGGUUUAUUCAGUGAUCUACUACAAAAACAUGGUCAUAGAUUUGAGGAAUUCAGACGGCUUCCCAGUUUACUAUAUUAGUAAUCUCUUCAUUUUUUUUUCCUGAUACAAGUAGUAGGUUUAUUUGUAGAUAUAUAUAUAAUAUAGUGUGUAUAUAUAUCUUUAUAUCAUUUUGCGAUAUAACUUUGGUUUUAGAAGUAGUAUAGACUAUAGCUAAACCACUAACAGGUGAUUACAUAUUGAAGUGUAUAUAUGUAAGUUAACAUUAGAUGUGCAUGUAUAUUGUAUAUAGUUUAUAUUGCCUUUCUUGUA